AUGGAUAUCCCUCAGGCAAUUUGUCCUUUGGACGUGAUCGUUGUCGGGGCCGGCAUUGGUGGCAUGGCAGCGGCCCUGACAUUAGGUUUGCGAGGCCAUCGGGUCACCAUUCUUGAGGCGGCACCAAAGCUCAUGGAGGUGGGAGCUGGAAUCCAGGGUUCUCCAAACAUGCUGCGACUAUUUGAUCGGUGGGGCGUCUCGGAUUUGAUCCACGCUCAAGAUGUUGCUCUAGAGCAUAUUCACAUUCGGCGAUGGGAGGAUGGCUCCCUUCUCGCGACCAUGCCCGUCAAUAAGUCCUUUGGACAGCAAGUGGUCAUCCACCGCGCAGAUUUGCACAACGCCUUGAUUGAAAAGGCAUUGGAAUUAGAGAACGUGGAGUUGCGAGUGAAUUCCAUGGUGACCAGUGUCGAAUUCAGCCCUGCUUCAGUCACAUUGGCCAACGGCAACGUGGUUCGUGGCGACGUUGUCAUUGGGGCCGACGGAAUCAAAUCCACUGUACGGGAUCACUUGUUGAACGACUCCUCCAUCAAAGCUAUUGCAACUGGAGACGCUGCAUACCGGAUCAUGCUUCCUCGUAGUGUUAUGGAAGCAGACCCGGAAUUGAAAAAAUUGAUCGACGAGCCGCAGGCGACUCGCUGGCUGGGUCCCGAGCGUCACAUUAUCGCAUACCCCGUGCGCAACCACGAGCUGUAUAACAUCGUUCUUUUGCACCCAGAUCGCCAAGAGGUCGAAGAGUCAUGGACAACCAAAGGUUCAAAGCAAGCCAUGGUUGACAACUAUCAAGGAUGGGAUCCGAAAGUGAGGAAAAUGAUUGACUUGGUGGAGGAUGACGAAGUCCUUGAGUGGAAACUGUGUCUGCAUCGCCCUCUCAAAACUUGGAUUCGGGGAUCAGUGGCGAUGCUUGGCGAUGCGUGUCACCCAAUGCUCCCUUAUGUUGCCCAAGGCGCGGCACAAGCAGUGGAGGAUGCGGCGGCACUGGGUGUUCUUUUGUCGACUAUUACCACCCGUCAUGAAAUCCCUCGUGCACUGCAGGUAUAUGAAAAGUCCAGGAAACAACGAGCAGAGACCGUACAGGCAUCAGGCUCUGAAAAUCGCAUCGCGUUGCAUUUCCCAGAUGGACCUGAGCAAAUCGCUCGUGACAAGCAAUUCCUCGCGGCGGCUACUGGCACCAACCCAGACAAAUGGUCUGAUCGUGAGACACAAAAAUUUCUGUGGGGUUGGGAUGCAGAGCAGGCAGCCUUGGAUGAGUGGAAGAAAGCGGGAACGAGUGAGACUAAGGUAAACGCCAGUCUCUAG